AUCGAUGUUUCUGCAGCCGUACGGUCCUACCUUUUCUUUAUAUCCGGGAAUAAUAUGGCGAUCCGAAACUCUGACGAUAGACAGAGAAUUUAACACUGCUGAAAAAUUGAUUAAUUUGCUACAAAUUUUAAACGGACGCGCGAAUUGAAAGUAAAUCAAGAAGAAAAUCCCAAUAACACAACCUCCAGCGAGAGAGUAAAAUGAAUAAUGAUGCGAAAAACCAUGAAUGCGAUGACUUGAAUGUGCGCUCUACGGCGUAUUUUAACCAAAAAACCACAACAACAACCAACCAACCGAAAGCAACCAGCAAGAAUAACGCAGGCUCCUCGGGCUCUGGCUCCAAUAAUAACAAUAACAUCAACAACAAUAACACCAAUCAACAAAAGCCCAACAGACAGUUGAAUCAUAAUCUACCACGUAUCGCUGCCGCCAGACAUUCGAUAGCCGCCGCUCUACUGGCUAACAAUAGUCUGAAGACCAGCGGACGGAAGAUCCUGUCGGCCAAGAAUGAGCCACUGACGACGACGACGACGGAGUCAUCAGGAUCAACCACUGCACCACCACCACUACUACCCAGCAAUAGCCGAUUGAAAGUUAACAACACCAACAAUAACACUGCCAAGAUGUCUGGAACUAGUAGCAGUCAGGCCUCGGCCACGCCCACAACGCCCACGGCCACCAGCGGUAGCAGCAGCAGCAGCAGCGCAUCAGCAACCACAGCAACAACAACAACGAGUGGCAGCAGCGGCAGCGGAGGGACGGUCAUAGCCGGUGGUCCGGUGACCACCACUGGAGCAGUAAAUGCCGCCAAGUUCCGUUCCGCCGUGGCGUCGGCGCCCAGCCCAGCACUGCCUGCUCCUGCUCCUGCUACAGCAACUGCAUCCGCAUCUGCUCCUGCCCCCAGUAGUAGCUCCUCCAGCUCCUCGUCCUCGAAGAAGACCCGAGCAGCAGUGGCCGCUUUGAAGCGACAGGUGGCCUUGCAACAACAACAACAACAGCAGCAGCAGCAGUCCGUCUCCGGUAAUGCCCCCAACUUGACCAGCAAGGAUUCGGCGCAUUUGAAAUUCGCCGCAACCACUCUGCUGAUGGGUGCCGCCGCAGCUGCCUCCGAUAGCAACGCUGGCGCUGCUACCGGUGGAUCAUCAGGAGCAGCGGGUGGAUCAUCUGGAUCCGGAGGAGCAGCCGCCAGAAUGGCCCUCAAUCCCGCCGUGGAUGUGGCUAAUGCCGCCGCCGUUCUCAAGCAGAAGCUUAAGGAUGCGGCCGCCGCUGCCUCUGCAUCCGCCUCCAAUCGCUCUGCCACCUCGUCCAUGUCAUCAACCGCCUCCUCGCUGUCCUCGUCGGCAAACAUCGUGAAUGCCAUCUCGGCGCUGCAGAACAUCAUCAUAACGCCGGACACGGACACCGACACCGAGUUCUAUCCCCAGCCGGUCACCACAGACCUGUCCGAAUCGGAGGAGGAGUCUGUUUCAGAGAUCCUAUUGGCAUUCUUGUGUUUAAGGCCAGAUCUCCUGGACGAUAUUCCCGAAUCGGAUCCGGAUAGCUGCCCGCAUGAAGGCGAGGUGCGCGAGGAUGAGGACGAAACGGAGGAGGAAUCUGAGGACUCUGAUGAGUCCGAAGGCGACGACGAGGAGGACGAAGAGGAGAUAGAUGUGCUGCAGGACAACGACGCGGACGACGAGGAGAUCGACGAUGAGGACGAGGAAGAGGACGCGCCCGAAGUGAGUUCCUUCCUUAUGGACGCCAACAACAAGCGCUCCAGCAAUCUCACCGCCCUGCUCGAGGCCGCGGCCAACGAGAAGGCUCCUGUCCUGCGCCACGCCACCCACGCCAUCGACGAGACUAAGCAGGCUCUGACCAAGAUGCGCUGUGCCAACAGUCCCCGCGAUAAGAACAGUGGCUUCUCGCGAUCCCUCGUGGCCGCCUGCACGGACAACGAUGUCAAUACGGUGAAGCGGCUGCUCUGCAAGGGCAACGUAAACCUCAACGACGCCGCUGCCUCCACGGAUGAUGGCGAAUCCCUGCUCUCCAUGGCCUGCUCUGCGGGUUACUACGAGCUGGCUCAGGUUCUGCUGGCCAUGUCUGCCGCCCAGGUGGAGGACAAGGGGCAGAAGGACUCGACGCCGUUGAUGGAGGCCGCAUCCGCGGGUCACCUGGACAUUGUCAAACUGCUGCUCAACCACAACGCCGAUGUGAACGCCCACUGUGCCACCGGCAACACCCCGCUCAUGUUUGCCUGUGCCGGCGGUCAGGUGGACGUGGUGAAGGUGCUCCUCAAGCACGGCGCCAACGUCGAGGAGCAAAACGAGAAUGGACACACGCCUCUGAUGGAGGCCGCCUCCGCUGGCCAUGUAGAGGUAGCCAAGGUGCUGCUCGAGCAUGGAGCCGGCAUCAACACCCACUCGAACGAGUUCAAGGAGAGCGCCCUCACACUGGCCUGCUACAAGGGUCACCUGGACAUGGUGCGGUUCCUGCUGCAGGCGGGUGCUGAUCAGGAGCACAAGACCGACGAAAUGCAUACUGCCCUGAUGGAGGCUUCAAUGGACGGCCAUGUUGAGGUGGCACGUCUGCUGCUGGACUCCGGUGCCCAGGUAAACAUGCCCACGGAUUCGUUCGAGUCCCCUCUAACGCUGGCCGCCUGUGGUGGUCACGUGGAGUUGGCCACCCUGCUGAUUGAGCGAGGAGCCAACAUUGAGGAGGUGAAUGAUGAGGGCUACACUCCGCUUAUGGAGGCCGCUCGCGAGGGACACGAGGAGAUGGUAGCCCUGCUGCUUAGCAAGGGUGCAAACAUCAAUGCCACGACUGAGGAGACGCAGGAGACAGCCCUUACGCUGGCCUGCUGCGGUGGCUUCAGUGAGGUGGCUGCUUUCCUGAUCAAGGAGGGCGCCAACCUGGAGCUGGGCGCCUCCACACCUCUCAUGGAGGCCUCGCAGGAGGGUCACACCGAUCUGGUGCGCUUUCUGCUGAAGAACAAGGCUAAUGUCCAUGCGGAGACGCAGACCGGAGAUACUGCUCUGACGCAUGCUUGCGAGAACGGGCACACGGAUGCGGCCGGUGUCCUCCUAUCCUACGGAGCUGAGCUGGAGCACGAGUCCGAGGGCGGACGAACGCCGCUGAUGAAGGCCUGUCGCGCCGGACACCUGUGCACCGUCAAGUUCCUCAUCCAGAAGGGCGCCAAUGUCAACAAACAGACUACCAGUAAUGAUCACACUGCCCUGUCGCUAGCCUGUGCCGGGGGCCACCAGUCUGUGGUGGAGCUGCUGCUGAAGAACAACGCCGACCCGUUCCACAAGCUGAAGGACAACAGCACAAUGUUGAUCGAGGCCUCCAAGGGUGGACACACCCGAGUGGUCGAGCUGCUUUUCCGCUACCCGAACAUUUCGCCUACGGAAAUGGCAGCGGCUGCAAACGCUAACCAGGUCGCUGCAGCACCUUCCCAAUCUGGCCCAAAUCAGAUGCGCCAAAAGAUCAUGAAGCAACAGCUGCAGCAUCAGUUGCAGCAGCUUAACGCUCCCCCUGGAUUGCACGAGUUGUCGGAGGCAGCUCGAGCAUCCAACCAGCAACAUUUCCACCAGCAACAGUUCAGCAGUGCCAGCAACGGAUCCUCCAACAUCGUGGCAAUGGGAACUGGAGAUUUCUUAGACGCUGGCGAGCUGCAACUCACGGCGACGGCGGGAAUGGGAGCUGGGGCUGGAGCCAGCACCACCGGCAGUGAGGCUGGAAUGGAGGAGUAUGGAGAAGUCGGAGGAAUCGAUCUGACCACCCUCGGUGCUCAGCAGCAGGAAGGCCUCAUUGCCAAGUCGCGACUGUUUCACCUGCAACCGGGCUUCGAGCAGCAGCAGCAGCAGCAACAACAACAGCAGCCACCUGCAGCCGGUCAGCACCAGUUGGUGCCGUGCAAGCACUUUGACCUGGACAUGGAGCACAUUAAUUCCCUGCAGCCACCGCAAAAGGCACCGCCAGCUCCGCCGGUACUCUUCCACACCGUUUGCCAGCAGCCUGUUAUGCAACAACAGCAACUGCAGCCAGGUCAGGCCAAGCUGAAAGGCAUGCUGCCGAACCGGAAUCGAGCAAUUAAGUCCGGCGAGGUGAUGGAGUUCAUCGACUGUCCACUGGAUCAGCAACAGCAUGGCGAGCAGGUGCGAUCGCAGCCCUUGGGUGAGGAUGGCAAGACCCCGCAGUUCGCAUGUGCUGGAGAGGAUCCACGGCUGCAGCGCCGACGCGGUUUUAUGCCGGAGCUGAAGAAGGGUGAACUGCCCCCGGAGAGCAGCAGCAGUGACCCUAACGAGCUAGCCCUCAAAGGAGCCGACAACAAUCAGCCCGUACCGGCAGCACUGGACAACAGUGCCUGCGCCCAGAUCCCAGCCCGAAACUCUGGCGGAGCCAUUACCCAUUCCUCGGAGGUUCUACAGAGCACAGCCAUCAGCGACAGGCCCAAGGUUAAGGCCACCAACAAGAGCAACCGCAAGCAGGCAGCCGCAGCAGCAGCAGCUGCAGCAGCCGCGGCGGCAGCAGCAGCAGCAGCGGCCCAGCACGCACAGCAGGUGUUGCCCAAUUUGCAGCAGAACCCGAUGGUGUCCAUCUAUAAUAACUUGCAUAUGCAGCAGUCUAUGCAGCAGUCGCAUCUACAACUUCAGCAGCAAUUGCAAUUGCACCAUCAGCGAGUUGCACUGGACAAUGCAGCGGCAGCAGCAGCAGCGGCAGUAUCAUCCGCAAACAUGGCCUACUCUAAUUCCCCGGCUUCUCCUCUUGCCUCGCCCACUGGCAGCGGCAACUAUGUCGAUCAGCAGCAGUUGCAACAACAACAGCAGUCCCUGGAUGUAGCCCUGCAACACAAGACAGCCAUGGAUGACUUCCGUGGCAUGCUGGAGACGGCAGUGAACGGGUCGAGGGGCAGAAAAGACCUAGCCUUGAACACACCCCAGUUGAACUUCUUCAAGGACGGCUGGCAUAUGGUGGGAGUGCACAAUUUCUUCGGCGAUCAGCCAAAGUCGCCCACUGAGACUCCCCCGGAAAUGGAGGAGACCACCAUGUCCUCGCCAACCGAAGCAGAUCGUCUUGGAUCCGAGCCUCGGGCCGAGAUGAAAAAUCUGGCCACUCUUUGCUCGGCUGCAGCAGCUGCUGCUGCUGUGGCUGCGGCUAACAAGGAUCAGGACGAGAUCAGUUCGGAGCUUGAGAGCGAGUGCGAGGACGAUGUUGAGGGUGAUGCUGCGGCAGAUGGCGAGGAAAACACACUGCCGCCUGAGCCCAUUGAAUUGGCAGCCGCUUUGCGAGAAGAUGGCAUCAUUGUGGAGGAAGAGGAGGAUGAUGAGGAGGAUGACGAUGACGACGAUGAGCAGGACACCAACAGCGGGGAGAUCGAUAAGCUCAACUACGAUGACGAGGAUGCGGAGGUGGACAACGAUGGUGAAGUAGACUACAUCGACGAGGACGAUGGUGGUGGCGAAGGCGAGGAUGAGGAAGAUGACGGCGACGAUGACGAGUUCUUCCUCGAUGAGCCAGACAGUGAUCAAGGUGCUGGCAACAACAAUAAUAACAACUCAAAGAGCGGUGCCAGCUCACUGCCCCUGAAGCAACGGAAAAUGAACACUCGGCUGGAGAACCUAAUCCUCAACUCGCAGACAAUGUGCGACUUCCCGCCCGAACUUACCAACUCGGAGCUCGUUCACGUCCUGCCCCAAAUAAGCAAUCUCAAGGCGGCGGCCAGCAGUAACGCGGCGCUGAACAGCGUGCUCCAGCAGCAGCUGGCGGCUGCCACCGCAGCAGCUGCGCACGCUAAGGCGGUUGCAGUCCACCAGAAGCAGCUGAAGCACCAAGUGGAGGGAGAUCAGCAAUGCGAAGACGAUGGUGGCGCUGGCGGAAGUGAGCUAUAUUCCGGCUUGGAGCACUUUGCCAACGAUGGCGAAAUGGAGGAUAUAUUCCAGGAAUUGGCCAGUAGCCUAAACUACCCAGAGCUGGCCGAGUUUAGCUUGAAUCAGAUGUGCAAGGGUAGGUUCGCUGGCAACUGGGCGCAAUCGUCGGCUAAGUGGACCGGUCAGGAGCAGUUGGUGGGCGUGGUACGGUCGCCGGGUCUCAUUAACCCUGGCGAUGUUCCGCAGGAUGCUCAGCGACAGGCAAAUCUCGUCCUCCUGGACUAUUCCAUGCAGCAAAACAUUCAACUGGAGCAGCGACUCCUCGAUGCUGAGGAAAUGCACGUGCAGCAACACCAGCAAACUCCUCUUUCCUUACUCCCCUUUACGGAUGAUCAGCAGCAGCAGCUUCACCAUCAAUCCUUGCCCAACGCCGCCGAAUGUCAUCAGCACCAACAGCUCGCCUUGGAAAACGAUCCGGAGUUAAAGCAGCAGCUGCAGCAGCUGCAUCAGCUGCACGAGUACACCAAUGCGCCCUUCAUCAAGGCUGUGACUGCCCAGCGUCAACAUCAGCAGCAGCCUGCCACAAACUUCGUUUACAACGUGGAGAGUGGCGACAAGAAUGCUCCGCCCGUGCAGUUGCUCUUCCAGCUACCACCAAACAUGGCCCAGCAUCAGGCGCAACAACAGGCUGUUGGAGAACCCCUCACCGAACAGCAGCAACAGCAGUUGCACGCUGAGCAAGCCCAUCUCUUUCAACAACGAACCGGCGUUCAGCGUCCGCCAACCCAGAGUGAACUAGAGCAGGUGGCCCAGGAGCUGCUGCUCCAACGGAGUGGCCAGGUGCCAGCUGGAACUCCUGUCGUGGGUGUCCAGGCAUUGCCUCUUAAGCAAAAACACUUUAAUCUGCAGGAACAGCUGCUCCUUCACCCGCCGCCGCAUAUGCAGGCGCCCACCUGUGUCCAGCAUCAGGUGGCCACGCAGACGCAUCCAGCUUCUGCGGUAGUGCCGCAGACCGAUCUUCGAUCUCCGUACACACAAUUCGCCCUGCAGAAUCCCCAGCUGUUACAGGAAAACGAGCUCUCCAUUUGGCCGAUGGGUACACCUACUCCCACGCCCAGCACCACUGUCAACGCCACCAAGUCGAUGCCCGGCGGCAUUGCCAAAAAGGCCAUUGACAAGCAGUCGCGCAAGGAUCGUCGCUGUGUAAUGCGUCAGACACCAGCUGGCAGUCAAGUGAACACCAACCAGCAUCAACAGCCCCAGGUCGCAACAGCUCAGCAGCAGGCUCAACUCCAAAACCAGUUGGCCGUUGCGAACACCGCGUGUGUGGACAAGACCAUCGAGAUUGAUUCGGAGACGGAGUCGAACCACGACACCGCCCUUACCCUGGCUUGUGCCGGCGGUCACGAGGAACUGGUCGAACUGCUGAUCAAUCGGGGAGCUAACAUCGAGCACCGCGACAAGAAGGGAUUCACACCGCUUAUCCUGGCCGCCACCGCCGGCCACGACAAGGUCGUGGACAUUCUGCUCAAGCACAGCGCAGAGUUGGAGGCCCAGUCAGAGCGUACCAAGGAUACGCCGCUAUCGCUGGCCUGUUCCGGCGGCCGCUACGAGGUUGUGGAACUUCUGCUCAGCGUUGGUGCCAACAAAGAGCACCGCAAUGUAUCGGACUACACGCCACUGAGCUUGGCGGCCAGUGGGGGCUAUGUGAACAUCAUAAAGCUGCUGCUCAGCCACGGCGCGGAGAUCAACUCGCGCACGGGCAGCAAGCUGGGUAUCUCCCCGCUCAUGUUGGCCGCCAUGAAUGGUCACACGCCUGCUGUUAAGUUGCUGCUGGAUCAGGGAUCCGACAUAAAUGCUCAGAUCGAGACGAAUCGCAACACGGCCUUGACUUUGGCCUGCUUCCAGGGCAGGCACGAGGUCGUUAGUCUGCUGCUUGACCGGCGGGCCAAUGUGGAACAUCGGGCUAAGACGGGACUGACGCCGCUUAUGGAGGCCGCUUCGGGCGGCUACAUAGAGGUGGGUCGCGUUCUGCUGGACAAGGGAGCGGACGUGAAUGCUGCUCCGGUGCCCACGUCCAGGGAUACAGCUCUGACCAUUGCCGCCGACAAGGGACAUCAGAAGUUUGUAGAGCUCCUCCUUUCCCGUAAUGCCAGUGUAGAGGUAAAGAACAAGAAGGGUAACUCCCCGCUCUGGUUGGCUGCCCAUGGUGGCCACCUUAGUGUGGUGGAGCUUCUUUACGAUCACAAUGCUGACAUUGACUCACAGGAUAAUAGACGCGUUUCCUGCCUGAUGGCUGCCUUCCGCAAGGGUCACACAAAGAUUGUGAAGUGGAUGGUGCAGUAUGUGUCGCAGUUCCCCUCCGACCAGGAGAUGAUCCGCUUCAUUGGCACCAUCAGUGACAAGGAGCUGAUCGACAAGUGCUAUGACUGUAUGAAGAUCCUGCGCAGCGCCAAAGAGGCCCAGGCCGUCAAGGCCAACAAGAAUGCCUCGAUUCUGCUGGAGGAGCUCGAUCUGGAGCGGACGCGCGAGGAGAGCCGCAAGGCUGCUGCUGCCCGUCGCCGUGAGCGCAAGAAGAAAAAGAAGAUGGAGAAGAAGGAGGAGAAGCGCCGCCAACAACAGGGCAACGGGGCUGGCGGUGACGACAUGCAGGGCGAUGACGAUGAUGCCAGUGACAAGGAUGAUGACUCCGACAAGGACGACGAUGACGAGGAGGCAGCGCCGGCCACCGCCCGUGAGGAGGGCGACUCUGGCAUCGAUCAGGGCUCGUGCUCCAGCGGAGACACGAAAGGUGCGCGCUUGGGUGGCGGUCAGUCCGCUCAGGCUGCGGAAGCGGCAGCCAAUUCCGGGUCAGGCAACAAUCAGGGAAAGAAGAGCAAGAAGCAGCCCAAGAACAAGUUGACGGUAUCGGUAGAACAAAUUCCAACACCCACUCCUCCCGUGAUCACAUCCACAUCGAGCACCACCGUCCUUAAGGGCAUCUCUGUGAAGAAGCAACCAGCAGCAGAAGUUGUUAAGCAACCACCUGCCGCACAGCAGGCUGCUCCCCUGAAGCGACAGCUGGAGGUGAAGAAGGAGGAGCCGUCUGUCAAGAAGAAGGAGGAGAAGAACAGCUCCACCAGCAACAGCAAUAAGCGUGAGAAAGAGAACCUUGCGCCCAAGGAGGUGGCGCUGCCAGCCAAACAGCAGACCAGUAACUCCAGCAAACUGCAGAGCAGCGAGUCCGCAAGCAACAUUAACAGCAGCAGCUCUACAAACGCCAGUAACGCCAACACCAACACCCGCAAAGAAGUGUCCAAACCAGUGUCACAAGCUGCAAGCAGCACCAAUUUGAAUCCUGCCAAGCGCAGCGAGGUCGAUGGCUGGAAGGAAGUGGUCCGCAAGAGCAGCACCCAGCAGACUACAGCGGUAGGAGCGAGUGGAGCCCCACUGCCUGUGACAGCUACCAGUUCGGCGACCAGCGUGCAGCACCAUCCGCACCACCAGCACCACCACCUGGCCAACAGCUCCAGCAACAGUUCAAGCUCACUGGCCACGGGCACAAACUCAUCGGCGUCUUCGGUUCCUGAGAUGACCUGCAAGAAGGUGCAGGUGCCGGUAAAUGCCAUCUCCAGGGUUAUUGGCCGAGGCGGAAGUAACAUCAACGCCAUUCGAGCCACCACUGGUGCCCACAUUGAGGUGGAGAAGCAGGGCAAAAACCAAUCGGAACGCUGCAUAACCAUUAAGGGUUUGACCGAUGCCACCAAACAGGCACAUAUGCUUAUUUUGGCACUGAUCAAGGAUCCCGAUGUGGAUAUCUUGCAAAUGCUGCCCAGGAUCAACAGCAGCAUUAAGCAGUCCUCUGGCGGCGGAGCGAAUGCUCCGAUGACCGUGGGUACUUGGGACAAUCGCACCGCUACCGGUGUGAAUGUGUACACCUUCUCUUCGGCCGCAUCCACCACCUCCACGUCGUCCAGCUCGUCUGCCAGCUCUACUACACCGGCGGGAGCUGCGUACUGUAAUGCGCACAAGCAGCAGCAGCAGCAGUUGCAGCCAGUAAAGGCCCCAAGCGGACGGUCCUCGGCGUCUGCCAAGUCCAACGGCAGCAGCAGCAGCUCUAAGGUGUCUUCUUCGAGUGGAUCCGGUUCCCGAAAUGGCAGGGGUGGCGGUGGCUAUCUUAGCCAGCAACAGCCUGGUCGUAGCUCCGGAAGUAACUCCUCGAAUGGUGUGGCCAAGAGCAAGACGGAGAGCUCAUCCAAAUCCCUGCCAGCUGCACAGAAGAGCAGCACUGCUCUGGGUAAGUCUUCUACUGUGGCUCCCGGAGCUCAGAACUUUGCAAAGGCAGCGGCCAUUGCGCAGUCCUCGCCCAAGAAGGCUGAGGGAGGAGUGGCCUCUGCGAUCAUCAGCUCGGCCGGCGGACGCAGCAGUGGUGUGGUUGCUCCAUUUGGACGUGGCAAGCCUGUCGCUGGCCAAGGAGCAGCUGGAAAUACGGCGGGGUCAAAUGUUGCCCAGCUGGGAAGUGGAAGCGGUAGCAGUAGCAACAGCAACAUAUUGGCUGGACCAAUUGGCACCUUUAACGUGGCGGAUGUGGCCGCCGUGAAUGCAGCCGCUGCAGCAGGAGCAGCAGCCUCUGCCAACAGCAGUGUGAAACCCAUUGCUCCCAUUGCACCGCCCAGUAAGCGAGUGGGCUCUCCCACCCAAGCCCAGCAGCAACAGCAACAGCAACAAGCGCAGCAGCAGCAGCCACAGCAGCAACAACAGCCACAACCACAGACAGCACCACUUCCUGGCCCGCAGCCACAGCAGCAACCCCAGCAACAGCAACAAGCGCCUCAGGAACAGCAGCAGCAACAACAGCAACAGCCAACCCAGCAACAGCAACCACAGACGGCCCAGCAAAAUCUGGUGAUCAACACAAACCUUCUGAACCACCUGAUGGCCGCCAAUGCAGCCACAGAUAGUUUUAGUGCCCAGCUGGCCGCCAAGUUGUCUAGCGCCUAUUCCCUGUUCAGUGAUUACCAGCAAUCGCAGUGGGGCAAGCUAGGGGAUCCCGGCAUUGGCGGAGGAGCAGGAGCUGUUGGCGAUGGUCUGCCGCAGGCGGAUGCCUCCAAGGCACCAGGAUACAAUCGCAACAUCCUCAGCUCGCCCGUGGGCAGUUCCAAGGCCUCGUCGAAUCACUCAACCUCACCGCCUGUGGGUAAUGUGAUCCAGCAGCAACAGCAGCAACAACAACAACAGCAGCAACAACAGCAGCAGCAACCACCGCAAUCUAGCCAGCAGGCUCUAAACAUAAUCACCAGUGGAGGUCCAGGAGGAGCUACAGCAGCGCCAGCCAGAUCACCAAUGGUGUCUGCCAACGAUGGAAAUUCCGCAGGGGGCCAGCCCUCCAUAAAUGGAACCCAGGGACUAGGUGAAUCGGCUCCUGCCCAUUCACCGGGCGUUAUCAAGCCGCCCACCUCCACAGUUCCCAUCCAGCGGCAUGUUCCCAUGCCGAUCUCUGCAGCGGAGUCUGGAGCACCACCCACAUUUGGAGCGAUUGGUUCCAAUCCAGCCGGCGGCGGCAAUUCAGCGGCAGCCCAAGCAGCUGCUGCUGCUGCAGCGUCUGCCAUGAUCGAUCGCCAGCAGCAAAAUAUGCAGACUUUGCAAAAUUUGCAACGAAUGGUGGGAGCCUCACAGCAGCAGCAGCAGCAACAGCAGCAGCAGCAGUUAAACUACCCCAUGGAUCCCUCAACUUCGCCGUACAUUGUUGAUGGCAAUAACUUGUUGCGCCUAAAUCCACGAGCCUCGAUCUUUCCGCAAGGCAACAAGCAGCCACCACAGCCGCCGCCGCAGGGUGGUGCGCAGUCGAAUAUGUUUGGAGGCAAUCAAGGGAGACAGCUUCCGGGAGCGGGUGCCAGGCAGCCGGGCGGAGCAGCGGCACAGCGUUGGUAUGGCGGAGCCUUGGAGUAUCCAUCUUACACGGGUCGGGAUAUGCUGCACCUGGAGAAUGGAGCCGGCGGAAUGGCUGGCCUAGGCUCGCCAUCUGCCAUGUCGCCGAAUCACGACGACAUUCGCAAGAUGCCGCGCCCCAUUGGUACGGAGCGAGCUGCGUCCUGGAAGUUCAACAACUUCAACGUGGCCGCCUCUGCACUUAGCAUGGACGAUGCCCUGGCCAGCGUCCUGCCGCCCUGGGCGCACGAGCCGAAGGCGCAGCCACCAGGUUUGCAGCAGCCACCGCCUCCACCACAGUCGCAGCAGCAGCAACAACCGCUCAACUGGCUGAAACAGCAGCAGCCGCAACAGCAGCAGUACAGGCCGUACAACAACGGACCCUAUCCGCAGCAGCAGCAGCAUGAGCCAAUGAAUAUGCCCAUGGACUACCACAACAUGCAGGCGCCGCCAAACAUGAACCAGCAGCAACAGCAGCACGUCAACUUGAUGCCCUCAUACGGCUACCAGCACUUUGUGGGUGCUCCUGGAGCGGUUGACAUCGCCGCACACAUGCCGGACAAGAUGGAAGUGUGGGAUCAUCAUGACAAGCACUUGCCCUGGACCAACUACACCACCAACUGGUCCAACUGAUGUCCCAGCGACACUCAGAAGGAGGAUAUCUUCGAUACCUGUCGAUCAAGCAACUGAUUCGAGCAGCUAUGGCUGAGCACUCUUCCAAUUUACCAGGACCCAGCAGCAGUAGCAGCAGCAACGUCAAGAUCAGUAGCAGCAGCAACAGCAAAAGCAUCUCACUGAUUUGAACAUGCGAAGCGAAAUAAUAUUUAUUGAAUUUCUACGUUUUCUAUUCGGAUUGUCGGCUUCUCCCCACAACUUAAUCUUCUAACAACCUGCCAACUGACGUGGAAACCAACUAACAGCAAGAAGGAAUUAUGUGAAAAUUGAAACAUGGCUUUGUUCUUUAGUUUAUCGAUUUAAAAACUUUUGAAUUUGGGUGAUUAAUUUGUUUCGCAGGCAACUUGAAAAUUAACCAGAAAGAAAUCUUACAGAAAAGCAAAAUGAAUGCAAAAUAAUGAUAAAAAAGCGAAAAGAAAGAAGAAAAAAUGUUCGAAAGUGGCGCCCAGGCAAACUGGGUGCAAUAUAUAUUAUUUAUUUUUAAAUGUAUUGAUAUUUUUGAAGAAGCAUGAAGUUAGUGGUAGCUUUUUUUUUGUGUGAUGAGGCAGAGGGUAAACGAAGCGAAAAGUAACUUUCAUUCACACACAUAUACACAUGCACUAACCCCCUACCCGCACACAAACACACAUAAACACACACCUACACAAAAAUACAUUUACUUUAAGAUAGAAGUCAGUCUUAUGAAUGAAACAUUAAAUUGAAAUGUUUAGCGCCAGCUAAAGUACACACAAACUUUUAUUACAACACUUAUACAUAAAUACAUCUAUAUAUAUUUAAUAACAUUAAUAAAGGCAAAAAGUGAAUGUCGAAACUGUAAAUUCUAGGCGCGCACUUUUCUCUAUUCCCCUUUUUCCCCCAACCAAAAAAACGAAAAGAAGAAAUACACCCACAACAAGAAGCUAACGAAACCGGAAACUAGAACAAAGCUAUGAAAACGCAUGCAUACGCUAUAGAUCGAAAAAAAUGUUCGAAAUGAAUUACUAAACCGACAAAAAAUUACUUAAUUCAACAUAUAACAUAUGCAUACCAUUAACUACUCCCCAACUUAACGAUAUGUCUGGGAAGGAUACCAAACAAAUCCGAAAACGAAACAACCGAGGCGAAGCUACAAGUGUUUGGUGUUCUUCGGUCAGCGAAAAAGAGAAAACCCCCUUGGUCGAUACCCCGAAAAAUGUAGCUAGUAGAAAUUGAAAUUGCUUAAAUAACUAAGUAAAACAUCAAGAAAUUAAUGGUCGAGUAACGUUUUAAUAUUCCAUUUACGAGAACUAAACGAUAUAUGUAUGAUGAAGAUGACUAGACGACGAAGCGGCGCUUGUUUGCCAUCUUUGAUGCUUUUCCGACACUGCUCAUAGACGUACAUAAAAUAUAUACCUACCUAUAUACUAGCGAAUAGCAUA